AUGAGUAGUGAAGAUAAUAAACGCAGUAAAGAUAAGACUAGUAAAGAUAAGUUCUACUUGUAUUGGUUGAAUGAUUCAAGAGCUCACAGGAUCUUAUGGACACUUGAAAUAUUGAAGCUUGAUUACGAAGUUGAAAUACAUUUAAGAGACCCAGAAACGUUUCGAUGUGAUACCAUGUUUGAUAUUCAUCAGUUAGGAAAAGCGCCUAUGCUAAAAAUUAUAUUUGCAGAUGGGUCUGAGCCUUUAUUUUUACUUGAGAGUGGACUAAUAAUGCAGUAUUUAUUAAAGCAUUACGAUCCAGAAAAUAUAUUGAAUCCCGAAAAAGAAGCAGAUAAGCUUCGAGUAGACUAUUAUCUUCAUUAUUCUGAAGGUACUUUGCAGCACUUGCAAAUUUCGAUUUUGAUUAAUUCAGUUGCAAAAAAAAUUGCACCCAUUGGAUUAAAAUAUUUAGCCAAAGUUUUUGGCAAAGGUUUGAAUAACGGUUAUUACAUACACGAAUGGAGGCUCAAUUUGGAGUAUUUAGAGAAAAAAUUAAAAGAAGAAGGUACUGGUUAUUUUAUAGGAGAUAAAUUAACUGCGGCAGAUAUAAUACUAAGUUUCCCAGUUAUGGAAAAUGUUUUUGAUAACGAAUACCAGAUACAUAAAUUAAUUUACGAUGAUCGGAGCUUAACGAAGCAGUAUCCCAAUUUAGCUCAAUGGAGUUUAAUGAUAAAAAACAACGCUUUAUAUUCCAAAAUUACUCAAGUGAUGAAUGCUCUUGUUGAAGAGAAAAAGAGAUCAAGUCAAUAG